AUGGCAGACAAACCUAGCCGAUCGCUGGUUCUAUACGGUGACGGUUUAGCUCGUUUCAUCAAUCCAUCUUCUUCGCACAACCACCAUCUCCACUCUCUCGCUUCUCUUUCUUCCUGCGGUUUAUUGUCUCUCUCCCAUUCUCCUCGCCCAGAAACCGAAGAUCAAAGAAUUGUCAGAGAAUUCGCACUGCUUCUCGAUGCAUUCCAAGUUGAUGAUCCUCCAAAACAAACCUUACCUAAUAGGUUUAUGGGAAUGAAAGCUUCUAUAGUCACCAACCAUUCAGGGUUGAAAUCUUUUGGUUCCAACCUUGGGUUAAGUGUUAUCCAGCUCGAUGAGUUGGUGAAACAACGCACUUCUGAAUCGCAAGACAAUGAUGUUGUGGCUGCUGAGCUUCUCAACUUGCUUGGUUUUCAAGAAGGGAAGGUCCAAGUCAAUAGCCAAUUUGAUAUUGUGUUCCUUCACGUUGGAGCUGGUGAAAAGGUUGAUGGAAGUGAACAAAAUGCUGAUGUGGAGUGGGUGGAUGCAUUUGUUGGUGCAAUAAUGAGACAGGUGCAGCCGGGAUCUGAUGUUGGUUCUCGGUUGCACUUGUCUGUUGUUGUGAGCUAUGGCAAGGUUUUGGAGGAGGAUGAAUCGAGGUUUUCAGUGUUAAAGAAGGCUGAUGAGAAGGACUCUUGUUUUUCAACUCUUUAUCCUCUACAAAGUUAUGCUAUGAAAGGAGGAGUUCCUCGGAAGGAUGUGAGGCACCAUUUGCCCAUGUUAAUUGCUCAACUGCAAUAUGGUGUGACUCGCAAAGAUAAUGCACACAAGUUUUCCUUCCAAGACUUCACAGAGAAUGGUGGAAAUCUUACAAUACCGGCAGAUAGGUUCUUACAUGAGAUAGCUUUUAAGUUGUGGAAAGCUCCAAAAUAUGGAGCUUGA